UGUCACCCAUCAGUGCCAGUCAGUGCCACAUAUCAGUGCUGCCAAUCAGUGUCACCUAUCAGUGCCAGUCAGUUGCCACUUAGUGCUGCCUAUCAGUGCCAGCUAACAGGGCCAGUCAGUGCCACCUAACAGUGCCAGUCAGUGCCGCCAAUCAGUACCAGUCAGUGCCGCCUAUCAGUGCCAUAUAUGAGUGAUGCCUUUCAGUGCCCAUCAGCGAUGCAUGUCAAUGCCCAUCAGUGCCACCUAUCAAUGCCUCCUCAUCAGUGCCCAUCAGUGCCACCUAUUAGUGUCCAUCAGUGCAGCCUCAUU